GAAAAGUCGAAAAAAAGAGAAGAGUCGAAAAGCUGAAGUGAGGAUGACUACUCGGUUUUCUCGGUGAGGGUCGCGGCUUGAACGGAUUUCUUCAUGAACGUCCAGGUAAACGUGCUGUACUUUGCUAAGAGUGCGGAGCUAGCCGGUGUGAAGUCGGAGCGUCUCACCGUGCCGCACCAGAUCGUCAGCCGCCAGCUGUGGCAGGAGAUCGUCAGAGCACGCCCCAGCCUCGGUGUGCUUCAGGGUCAGGUGGUUUUAGCAGUGCGGCAGCAGUACGUCGCCAUUGACAGUGAGCAGCCAAUCAUACUCCAGGACGGCGACGAGGUUGCCGUGGUCCCGCCCCUCAGCGGAGGAUAAGAACCAA